AUGAUUGAUAAGAUAUUAAUAUGUCGACACGGAUUUAGAGCGAACUGGGUAGCUGGUAGCAGUUGGCCUACUGAAGACAGGGAUGUACCUUUAGCUGCUCAUGGAGUGGACCAAUCGCGUCAUCUUGCUGAGCAUUUGAAGAAGGAAUUCGUACCAUCGUCAAUCUAUAGUUCACCUUUUAAGAGAUGCCUUCAAACCGCUCAACCAACAGCUCAGGCGUUUAAACUACCUAUAAAAGUUGAGCCUGGUGAAUGGUUUCAUGAAAAUCCACCUAACAAAGCACCAACAUUACACCCCCAACCGUAUGAAUCUGAUCUUAAAGGAGCCUUCGUUGAAGUAGACGCUCGAUAUCAACCGACUUACUUCCCUAAUAGACAUGGUGAAUCUUUAGAGCAAUUACAUGAACGCUGUAAGAUCGCUAUUGACAAUCUUAUCCUUAGAGAGGAGAAAAAGGGUGUUAGUGGAACAAUUAUAAUAUUUACUCAUGCUGCAUCCGCAAUUGCAUUAGGUAGAGCCCUAAUAAAAGACAGCACGAGAGGUAUACGCACCGGAUGCACUUCAUAUUCCGAGUAUUCGCGACUAGGAAAUGUAUGGGAGCUAAAGAACAACGGUUACAGUCAACACCUUCCUCAAGGUGAGGAGAGACAUUGGGAUUUCUCGUUGUCAACCCGUGAAUACGAAGAUGGAAUGGAAGGAACAGAGAACAUAGGGCAAGGAUUUUGGGGAUUAGUACCAGAAGCGCGCUUGUAA